GUUGGGAUUGCAGUAGCUCAAUUUGAGCCUGCAUUUGGGCUCAAGGCCCGAGUGUCGAUUUUCUUGUUUCGGUGGAUAAAAACGUCUUUUGUGAAAAUAUAAGUGAUUUUAGUGGUUUCUGCAGUGCAAGUGUUUCACUGUUAGUUUAGUGGCUAAAUAUCGUGUUGGUUUUUAAUUAAAAGUGAUAUCAAUCAGCAGCAUGAUGGGUUUUAAUGGAUUACUUUUUGUUCUACUUUUCACUCACGUUUUUGCCAAUGACGACAGUGCAGGACCAGUCUACACACGAGAACCCCCAAAUCGAGUUGACUUUUCUAAUACCACAGGAGCAACAGUAGAAUGUGCAGCAUCAGGGUCUCCUAAACCAGAAAUUAUUUGGGUUAGGGCUGAUGAUGGAACUGCUGUCGGAGAUGUACCAGGCUUGAGACAGGUUUUACCAAACGGCGAUUUAGUCUUCCCGCCAUUCCGGGCCGAAGAUUACAGACAAGAACUCCACGCGCAGGUGUACGCCUGCUUAGCACGCAGUACGUCAGGCGUUGUCACUUCCAGAGACGUCAACGUUCGAGCAGUUGUCUCUCAAUUUUAUGACACCGACGUAAAUAAGGAAUAUGUCAUUCGUGGUAAUGCAGCUGUUUUGAAAUGCCAAGUUCCUUCUUUUGUUGCUGAUUUUAUACAGGUAGAAUCCUGGAUCACUGAUACUGGAGAAGAAUAUCGUAUGGGCGCUGAUUUUGAUGGUAAAUAUUUAGUAUUGCCAUCUGGAGAACUGCACAUAAGAGAUGUUGGUCCUGAGGAUGGUUACAAAACGUACCAAUGUAGAACUAAACAUAGACUUACUGGUGAAACAAGAUUAAGUGCAACCAAAGGAAGGCUGGUCAUCACUGAACCAGUCGGAAGCGUUAUGCCGAAAUUUUCUUCAAGCGACACAACAAGAGGUUUUACAACAAAAAGUGAAAUGAGUGUUACGUUGCUAUGCCCAGCUCAGGCAUUUCCAGUACCUUUCUUUCGGUGGUAUAAAUUCAUCGAAGGAAGUACAAGAAAACAAGCAGUAGUUUUAGACGACAGGGUGAAACAAGUUUCUGGAACAUUGAUUAUUAAAGAAGCAGUUGUGGAAGAUAGUGGAAAAUAUUUAUGUGUAGUCAAUAAUUCAGUUGGAGGCGAAAGUGUGGAAACAGUUCUAACAGUAACGGCACCACUAAAAGCCCAUGUUGAACCAAGAAGUCAAACAAUCGAUUUUGGAAGACCAGCCGUGUUUACUUGCCAUUUUACUGGAAAUCCUGUAAGAACCGUCAGCUGGAUGAAGGAUGGAAAACCUAUUGGACACAGUGAAGCAGUACUUAGAAUCGAUUCGGUUAAAAAAGAAGAUAAAGGCAUGUACCAAUGUUUCAUUCGUAACGAACAAGAAAGUGCGCAAGGCAGUGCUGAGCUUAAACUUGGAGGAAGAUUCGAACCACCUCAGAUCAGACAUUCUUUUCCUGAAGAAACUAUGCAACCUGGUCCAUCAGUAUUUCUUAAGUGUGCUGCAACUGGUAACCCUACACCUGACAUUACAUGGGAAUUGCAUGAUAAGAGAAUUGUAAACAAUGAUAGGUAUCAGAUAGGCCAAUAUGUUACCGUCAACGGCGAUGUUGUAUCUUUCUUAAAUAUUACUUCAAUUCAUACAAAUGAUGGAGGACUUUAUAAAUGUGUGGCUACUAGCAAGGUUGGAUCAGCAUCCCAUGCAGCCAAAAUCAAUGUUUAUGGUGCACCUUAUGUUCACGACAUGGAGAAGAAAGCUAUUGUUGCCGGUGAAAUUUUGCAAGUGACUUGUCCAGUGGCUGGAUAUCCUAUUGAAUCAGUUUUUUGGGAACGAGAUGGAAGACAGCUCCCUAUUAACAGAAAACAGAAGGUAUUUGCCAAUGGAACAUUAAUAAUCGAAAAUGUGGAAAGGAAUUCUGAUCAGGCAGUCUACACAUGUGUUGCAAGGAAUGCCCAAGGAUACACAGCCAGAGGAACUUUGGAUGUUCAAGUUAUGGCUCCACCAAAAAUAGCUCCAUUCCUUUUCGGGGACGAACCGUUAAAUUUCGGCGAACCAACGUCUGUGACUUGUAUUAUUCUGGGGGGCGAUUUGCCAAUAAAUGUUACAUGGUUGUUAAAUGGAUAUCCUAUAGAAUCAGAUUUGGGAAUCACAUUAGGAAGUAUGGGAAAACGAACACACAUUUUGAAUAUCGAUAGUGCUUCGGAAAACCAUGCAGGAAAUUAUACUUGUUUUGCACAAAAUUAUGCAGGCAUAGCUCAGCAUACUACGAUAUUGAUUGUUAAUGUACCUCCGAGAUGGGUCUUAGAACCUACAGAUAAAGCAUUUGCUCAAGGAAGCGAUGCUAAAGUUGAAUGUAAAGCCGAUGGCUUUCCUAAACCACAAGUUACAUGGAAGAAAUCGACUGGUAAUACACCAGGAGAAUAUAAGGAUUUGAAAAUGAACGAUAACGAUAUUAAGGUAGAAGAUGGAACAUUGACAAUCGCUAACAUUCAAAAAACAAGCGAAGGAUAUUACUUGUGCGAAGCUGUUAAUGGUAUUGGAUCUGGAUUGUCGGCAGUUAUAUUAAUUAGUGUUCAAGCUCCUCCUCAAUUUGAAAUUAAACUCCGCAACCAGACCGCUAGACGUGGCGAACCUACUGUACUUCAGUGCGAAGCCAGAGGCGAGAAACCUAUUGGAAUUUUAUGGAACAUGAACAAUAAACGUUUGGACCCCAAAUCAGAUAAUCGGUACACGAUUCGUGAAGAAAUUUUACCUGGCGGAGUUUUAAGUGACUUGUCUAUUAAACGUACUGAAAGAGCCGAUAGUGCCUUGUUUACUUGUGUGGCGACCAAUGCUUUUGGAAGUGAUGAUACGAGCCUCAACAUGAUUGUUCAAGAAAUGCCUGAAGUACCAUAUGGACUUAAAGUUCUCGACAAAUCCGGCCGAUCCGUUCAGUUAUCUUGGGCAGCACCUUAUGAUGGAAACUCACCAAUAAUUAGGUUCAUGAUUGAAUAUAAAAUUGCUAAAGGAAAUUGGGAAAAUGAUAUUGACAGAGUUUUGGUACCUGGAUCACAGAGCGAAGCCGGCGUUUUCAAUCUCAGACCUGCAACUACUUAUCACUUAAGAAUUGUAGCUGAGAACGAAAUUGGAACUUCUGACCCAUCAGAUACUGUGACUAUCAUCACUGCCGAAGAAGCACCGUCUGGAGCUCCUACUUCAAUCAAAGUGGAACCAUCUGAUCAAAAUACUUUGAAGGUGACAUGGAAACCACCAAAUCGCGAAGACUGGAACGGAGAUAUUUUAGGUUAUUAUGUUGGAUAUAAGGUUACUGCUCAUUCUGAUAAACCCUACUUGUAUGAAACUGUUGAGUUCAGCCAAGAAGAAGGAAAAGAACAUCAUUUAUUAAUUCAAGGAUUGAAAACGUACACGCAAUAUAGUGUAGUAGUACAAGCAUUUAACAAAAUUAACGUUGGACCAACGAGUGAAAUAAUUCUUCAAUACACUGCCGAAGGAACACCUACCCAACCUCCUAGUGAUGUUACAUGUACAACUUUGACUUCUCAGACAAUCAGAGUGUCUUGGGUCAGCCCACCUUUGGCUACUGCUAACGGUGUUAUCAAAGGGUAUAAAGUCAUUUAUGGACCAAGUGAUUUGUGGUAUGACGAGAAAACCAAAGAUACGAAAAUAACUGCUUCAAGUGAAACAAUAUUACAUGGACUCAAGAAAUACGCAAAUUAUAGCAUGCAGGUUCUUUCAUUUACUACCGGUGGUGAUGGUGUUAGGAGCACGCCGAUACAUUGCCAAACUGAACAAGAUGUCCCGGAAGCCCCGACAGCAGUCAAAGCCCUUGUCAUGUCAGGAGAGUCAAUUUUGGUUUCGUGGAAACCUCCCUCCAGACCAAAUGGAAUGAUAACUCAAUACACUGUAUACGUUCGCGAAGAUGGCGGUUCAGGAGGUUCUGGAACGGCUCUUCCUAAAAGUCAGAAGGUCCCAGCUUAUCAAAUGAGUUAUGAAGCAUCAGGAUUGAAAAAGAAAGAUAGGUAUGAAUUUUGGGUUACUGCCAGUACCAAUAUUGGAGAAGGACAACCUAGCAAAAGUGCAACAUUAAGUCCAAGCAAUAGAGUUCCUGCAAAGAUUGCAUCAUUCGAUGAUACAUUUACGGCUACAUACAGAGAAGACGUGAAACUGCCCUGCGUUGCUGUUGGUGUUCCUCAACCAGAAAUUGUUUGGAAGGUUAAAGGAUCAGUGUUUGCGCCUACUGAUAGAAUUAGACAAUUACCUGAAGGUUCACUAAUGAUUAAAGAGGCUACACGCCAAGAUGCUGGUGAAUAUUCUUGUCACGUCGAAAACUCAUUUGGAAAAGAUGCUGUUACCCAUCAAUUGAUUGUUUUGUCACCACCCCAUUCCCCGAUUUUAACACUUACCUCGACAACUGUUAAUUCUUUGACGAUGAAACUGAAAGCUCACCCACAAGAUGCUGUUUUACAUGGUUACACCGUACAUUACAAACCUGAAUUUGGAGAAUGGGAUACUGUUCAAGUUGCCAGUGACGCCACGAAAUACACACUGGAGGGACUUUAUUGUGGAAGUAGAUAUCAAGUUUACGCUACUGCUUAUAAUAGCAUUGGAACGGGAGAUGCAAGUGAUGUUCUGAAUAUUCGCACCAAAGGAUCCAAACCUGUAUUGCCAGAAGCUUCAAGAUUCCUCCAAGUUUCAUCUACUAGCGUAACAUUGAAUCUAAGUGCCUGGUCAGAUGGAGGAUGCGCUAUGAGUCAUUACGUUGUAGAAAAUAAGAAAAAAGCUCAGGCAGAAUGGACGCAAAUUUCAAAUAAUGUGAAACCAGGAAGCAAAAACUUUGUUGUGUUAGAUUUAGAGCCUGCACAAUGGUAUCACUUACGUGUUACUGCUCAUAAUAAUGCUGGUUUCACCGUAGCUGAAUAUGAAUUUGCAACAUUGACAAUAACUGGAGGUACUGUCGAACCUGCCCAUGAUAUGCCCAAAUUGACCGCGGAAGAAACACUUCGUGUCAUACUCAGCAAUCUAAACCUUAUUGUUCCUGUAAUUGCGGCAGUUUUUGUCAUAAUAAUUGCUGUCAUUGUCAUUUGCGUUGUCAAAGGAAAGAACGACGGACACGAUGUGGCUUAUGACCAAACUAUGAACGCUGGAAAUACGAUGGACAAACGAAGAGCUGGUGACCUCAGGGACGAACUUGGUUACAUAGCACCUCCAAAUAGAAAAUUACCUCCAGUACCAGGAACCAACUACAAUACUUGUGAUAGGAUAAAACGCGGAACGGUCAUCAGCGUUGAGGAUGAGAUUUGCCCGUAUGCGACAUUCCACCUUCUAGGUUUCAGGGAAGAGAUGGAUCCAGGAAAAGCUUUGAAUUUCCAGACAUUCCCACAUCAGAAUGGACAUACACCGGUGCACCAGGAAGGAAAUAGACCACAACAUGCUCAUUCGCGUGCUGGUAGCCAAUCUAUGCCUCGCCAAAAUAACCGUUAUGCCCGCAAAAACUCACAAGGAGGAAACAGCAACAUCUACACACCAGGACCAGAUUAUGAUGACCCUGCAAAUUGUGCUGAAGAAGAUCAAUACCGAAGCCGUUAUACUCGCGUGAAUUCUUUGGGAGGCUCAUUAUAUGGAGGUGCUGCCGAAUAUGAUGACCCAGCAAAUUGCGCCGAAGAAGACCAGUAUGGAUCUCAAUAUCAGCCUUAUGGUGCACCAUGUGAUCAUUAUGGUUCAAGAAAGAGUAUAGGUGCCCAAAAUAAUGGAGGUGUUACAACUGUUGGAAAUGGCAGUCCGGAACCUCCACCACCUCCACCGCCACCAAGGAACCAUGAUCAACAAGGAAAUGGAAGCUUUAACGACUCCAAAGAAAGCAACGAAAUAUCAGAAGCUGAAUGCGAUCGUGAUCAGUUACCUAGGAAUUAUGCAGUACGUGCUCCCCAUCAUAAAGAUCCACGCUCUACCGAAGAAAUGAGGAAACUUAUUGACAGAAACGAAGCAGAACCAAGGUUGCAAACAGCAAACGCAGGACAACUCACAGCCCACCAUACUAUGGCAGUGUAAUCUGUAAAUUCAUAAUCUGAAUAAAUCAGAUAUUAUUAUGCACCAAUCUAUAGAUGCAUUAAAAGAACGUAUUUAAAACCUAAACGUUCAAGCUUAAAAUGGCUUAAUAAUUUUUGUCAUUUUUAUUAAGUAAAUUUUUUGAACUAUGACCCGUGUCCAUAGUGGUGAUGCAUGAUGGAUCAGCAGGAACUUCGAAAAUUACAAUUUUAAUUUUAGAGUUUUUUGAGAAUGAUUUUUUACAAAUGAGUAUCUAAUUGCAUCACCACUAGAAUAUGGGACAUAUUCAAAAUAGGUGUAUUAAGUUACAUAUAACCACGAAUAUUAUCAUUAAUUGAAUAUUAACUUAUGAUAUACACAGCCAGAUAAUUUAUACAGAAGGUUUUCUUCGUUUUUGGAUACUGCCAAAAUAAUAUAUCUCAAGACUUAUUAUUGAACCAAGUUAGUAUUUAUAUUAGUGAACCAACUUUUGUACCAAUAUUGAAAUUUU